AUAUGACAUUGACACAUACAGUGAGCAAUGACCGUAAAUGUAUAGUCACUAGGUAUCUAGUGUUUACUAUUUUAAUUUUGUAUUUGAUAGUUAGAAAUAGGAAGGGAUUUUGUUUAAUUGCGUAAUUUAUGAGUGAUUAUUAUUAAAUUUAAAUAGUAGUAGUGUGUGCUUUAAUACCUUAAUUUUUCUCGAAAUGUGGAUCCUCUCUUCAAAUACGUCACGAAUCACGGUAGACAAGAAGAAUACCAUAAGAUAUUCGAGCAUUAUAUGUAUGACAUCGAAAUGAAUAUGACGGUCACUGAAUUCGACUCUUAUUAAUUAUAUUGUAAAUUGUUAUACGUCAUUAUAGGACAAAGUGCUUGAAUGAAACAUAAUUAAAUAAAACUGAAUUGGUCUUCAAAGAUAUUCAAUUGAGAUAACAAGAACAGUCGAAUUACUCAUAAACAUUUUAUUAGCAGAGUCCCCCCUACAGGGUGGUAUUAUUAACAAAGAGACGAAGAAGGAGACAUUUAGACGUUUUGGAGACAAGUCUCACAAUAAACUGCACUAAUGAAAUGCAAUCUUAAAGAACUCGCUCUUUUGAGCGAUAAACCUUGUAUUAUGGAAGGGAGAUUAAAUUAUAAAAAAAUUUCGGGAAAUUAUCGUAAUCAGACAGCAUACAAAGAAAGAUGGUUUAGAUUAAUUAACAACUACUUAUUUUAUUUUAAAAUAAGUGAAAUGGGUAACUUUGAUACUAAAACACCAGCUGGAGUUUUUGUCAUGGAAAACUCAUCGAUUCAAAUGGAACAUGGACAUCACAUAUCAUUUUCAUUUUCUAUUUCUUUCAUUGAUGAACCAGACAAACGUCACAUUUUUGCUGCUCGAAGUGAAGAUAAUGUGGUGCAAUGGGUAUUGAAGUUAAGACAGUGUUCAUAUGAGUACUUACGUAAUCAGUUGCAUACUCUUCAGUCAAAAAUUUACUCUAUUACUGGGAAGGAUCCACUACUUCUUGUACCACGGAAUGACGGUGCAUGUUUGUGGGCACCAUCGGUACCAUUCUCUACAGUACCAGCUUGCACAGUAAACACUAGCUCUUUCAGCUGUCAUCUUCAUACUAAUGGUGCAUUUACUCUAGAAAGGAGCAAAUCAGAUGUUCAGGCUCAUAGACAUUUAAGAUCUGAAUAUCAAAACAAUGCAAUAUUUUAUACUAACAAUGAUGUAGAUAUAAAGCCAAAGAUAGAUAGCCAAGGGAUGUUUUGUUCUUUGGAAAAGAGCAAAACGUCUAUUUUAACAGCUAGCUUAAAUCCCAUUGACAUAUCAAUUUUUGAUAACAGACCUCUAUACUCAAGGACUGCACCUAGUCCCCCAAACAGUAUUUUAGACGUAGCACCAAUUCCUCCUAAAAGGAAAAUUUCACCCAAAUACAGUGAUAAUAGUGUUGCUUCUUCAAGUAACCAUAAUUUAAAUUCUAGCAAAGAAAUACUAGACAAACCAAGUGAAGAUCUUAUCCAGUUUUAGUUUAAAUUAUAUAGUAAUUUCUGAUAUUUUUUUAAUAAAAUGCUUAUAUAUUCGAAGAUGCAUUGUAGAUAUUUAGUUUAUGUAAUAUUUAUAUUUCUAUUGAAAAUUGAUAUCCCACCAAGUAGUGUUAUAAAUGAGUUUACUUGCCUCCUUACUAACUCUUACUAAAGCAACAGUGUUCAUUACUAUUAAACCAAUACUAGUCAAUGUAAAAAAUAUGUCCAUUGUAAAACUAAAUAAUAGCUAUAAUUACAUCACUAAGACAAUAUUGUUACAUAGUUUGUGGUUGCAAAUUUUAAAUUCCAUCUUUUGCUUACCAUAAAACAUUGGUGAACAAAGUAAUAAUGAGGCCUUUAAAAAAUAUUUGGGAAUGUAUUAAAAUAUCAACAUUUGCAAAUACAAACAUCUUCUGGGAAUUUUUAAUCAAGCAUGCUGAUAAAGAAUACUUAUAGUUUUAUUGCAUUAUUUGUUUCUUAAACAAUGUAAUACAUUUUCUAGAUGCUUAAAAAUACAAUGAUUCAGGAAGAUGUAUUUGUAGAGGAUUUUUAUCAUUCAAUUAUAUUUAUUGAAAAGAUUAUAAGUAUCACAUCAUGGGUACAGGAUGGCCUAACUAUUUCUUACAUAUGAAUAAGUUACUAUUUGCUGGUCUCUUAGAUAUAAAAUACCUACUAGCCACCCGUGCCGGCGCCAACCGGGUUAAGAUUUAAUAAACUAAAGAACAGAAUAAAAUAUGGGGUAGUAGAUCCAGACAUUACUUGCUAUAAUUUUAUAAUAUUAGUAUAAAUAUAAAAUGAAUAUAUUUUCUACAGAUGUUGUUACAACGUUUUCAAUUUGUAUAAACAUUUUUAAGUCGAUUUAUUUUAUAUCAUAAAUUGUAAAUUUUGAUAUUAUAGCUGCAUGUAUACGUAUAUUAUUUGAUUUACACGCUGAUAUAUUUGUAACAAGUUGUUAACAUGACAAAUGGUAUGUGAUAGUAAAGAAAUAAAUAUAUUUUUGUAAAUUA